AUGUCCAGCCCCCUCUUCUGGGCCGAGGCGGCCGACAUGCGGAGACGAUUCCACAGUCCAAAAGUGCCGCUGUGCCUGCAGGGGAAUAUCAUGUCAGCAGCACUAAGUACGACCGCGCCAGUCACGGCACCGACCGUCGCACAGGUUAUAUCCGACUGGCCUUUCUGGAGACUCGCUGCGUACAUUCGCGCCCUGACCAACAGCGUCACGCAGGAGAAUUUGGACGCAAUGCUAGAUAUGGUCGCCAUGGUGCGGGAUAAAUCGACCUUGAACAUCCGCAUUGACGCCCAGCCGCCCAUGUCGAUUCUCCAGACGGACCAUCGUGAUGCGAACAUCACAGGCGCGGACUUUGGGUUUGGGUCUCCGAUCACCUAUCGCCAUCUACUGGACCGCGUAACUAAUGGUGUUAUCGUAAUAUAUCCUCCGCGUAUGAACACGGGGAAUCCUGACGAGGGGUGCGAGUUUGCGAUUUUCUACGAGGAUUUGGCGCAGUCGCUCAUUGGCGAUGCAGAGUGGAAUGAGUACUUUGAGUAUAGAGGCGUAGAUGCGAUUGACGCUGCUUCAUCCGGUUCCUCAUGGUAG